GAUCCCUAAACCUUGCUGGCUGCAAAAGGAAAGCGCAAACCGGCUUUAUCAGUUUAUCCUCUCCGUCCCAACCCAUUGAACUCUACCGACCGAAAUUCGGGUAUCCGGUAUUCGCCUUCGCCCCAUCAGAAUCGCCUCAGGCGCCGACGAUCAACGACUAUCUCGAAAUCCAUCAAUUCCACUUCGCCGGAAGCGAGAAGUAAACUCAGAUUUUAGUUUUGCUUCGUCCCAAGAAAGAUCAGAGGCCAUCAUCAUUUAUGGGAAUCUCCGAGAAGGGACUAAAAGACGAGUCAGCCAAUCUAUCCAACACAUCCACUCUGAAGACCGAUUUCAACUCGGAAACAGAUACCAUUGACGAAGGCCCGCCGCCGCUGUCGACGCCUGGUCCAAUCCCAUUCGAAGAAGGUGAAAAGGUUCUGGCUUUUCAUCGGGACCGGAUUUAUCCGGCUAAGGUGGUGAAAUUGGAAUAUGAGGUGAAUGAAUGGCGGUUUCUUCUUCAUUACCCUGGAUGGAACAAGCAUACUGUAACAGUUGGGAUGAGUGGGUUGGAGUGGAUCGCUUGAUAAAGUAUAAUGAAGAGAACGUGCGGCGACAGAAGCUGCAGAAUGAGAUGCAGAAGCAGAAAGCCCCGAAGCCUGGGGGACGGCCCUUGCUUGGUAAACAAAAAGGUUCCAGGAGGAGGAAGCAGAAAAGUGACUUGCUUGAUAAGGAUAAGGGUACUCUCGCCCUUGACAAAUCUGCAAGUCUCCAAAUUCCAUCAAAACUGAAAAAGCAACUGAUUGAUGACUGUGAAUUCAUCACAAAUCUUGGCAAGCUUGUUAAACUUCCUCGGAAUCCUUGUGUGGAUGACAUUCUGAGCAAGUAUUGCGCAUAUAGACUAAAGAAGGAUGGGACGAUGGCCGAGUCAGUUGAAGAAAUUCUCAGAGGCCUACGUUCUUACUUUGACAAAGCAUUACCCGUGAUGCUUCUGUACAAAAGCGAGCGACAGCAGUAUGAUAGUGUGAUUAAAGAGGGUAUCUCUCCCUCCACAGUCUAUGGUGCAGAGCACCUCUUGCGCCUCUUUGUUAAGCUGCCUGAACUGUUGGCGUUUGCAAACAUUGACGAGGAUACACACAUGGAGUUGCAGCAGAAAUUAGUGCAUCUCCUAAAGUUUCUGCAAAAGAAUCAAACUGCAUUUUUCCUCUCAGCUUACCAUUCAAUGGAAGGAGCUGAAGCAAGCACCAACAAUCAGGAGACUAGCUAGCUUGCUAGGCUGGGUUCUGGAAAAGCCUGCAGAUUUACGAAUAGUUGGUACAUAGUGUAAUCGUCGGCCAUGGAUGUAUAAUGUAGAUAGCAUAUUUCUGUGAUCAGCUUUUGCUUCUUUGGUUGUGGAGAUGUUGUAGUGUGUUUGUUUGCGAUCUUUUGCAGCUGGAUUUGGGUAGUGCGACUGCCCAACUUUGAGACUGUUAUCUCUAUCGAUUCUGAUCUUUUAUCUCACUUGCAUACUAUCCCAAAAAAUUGUACUUCCAACACGAGCUUUGUACUUCCAUCACGAGC